AUGGCUGCUAAAUCUGGUAUUGCUUCUGGUUUGAACAAGGGUAAGAACGUCAAAAAAAUGACUCCAGCUCCAAAGAUUUCUUACAGAAAGGGUGCUUUAUCCCAAAGAACCAAGUUUGUUCGUUCUUUAGUUAAGGAAGUUGUUGGUUUGGCUCCAUAUGAAAGAAGAUUGAUUGAUUUAAUCAGAAACUCUGGUGAAAAGAGAGCUAGAAAGGUUGCUAAGAAGAGAUUAGGUUCUUUCGGUAGAGCUAAGGCUAAGGUUGAAGAAAUGAACGCCGUUAUUGUUGCUUCUCGUCGUCAUUAA